CCCGCCCUCCCCCCCUCAGACCUGAAGCCGCAAAACUUGUUGCUAGAUGGAGCUGGUCAUGUCAAGGUGUGCGACUUCGGCCUUGCCAGGAUCAUGCGCAAUACGCCGAUGCGGACGGAGGACACACAUGCGGGCACACCCGCCUACAUGGCACCCGAGCUGUUUGAGGGGAGCAUGAUUUCUGAGAAGGUGGACGUGUAUGCGUUCGCCAUGACCAUGUACGAGUGCUUCACGGGUAUCAUGCCCUGGAGCUGGCUGGCGGGAGAGAUGCAGAUCAUUACCCUCGUGUGUCUGAGGGGCAGGCGGCCAAGAGUGCCCGAAUGGGCGCCGCCCUUCCUCGCUCGCCUGAUUAACGCCUGCUGGGCCGCCGAGCCCAGAGAAAGGCCGCACUUCCGCGACAUCUUGUACCUGCUCCAGCGCGAGAUGGAGGCUGUCGUGUCGCCG